UCGCCACGCCUCGCCUCGUUUUUUCUCAAUAGUUGUCAGAGCCUCGGGUCACUCACUAGUCGUCGUGAGGCAUCUUCCACUCGCUUUCUUUCUCGCUCGGUCUCCACCUUCUCAGGCUCCAGCAUCCUUUUUGCAAAGUCUGAGCAAACCGUGGACGGCGAAGCAGUUCGUAUAUUCGAGGUUGUUUGAGCUCUGCAUUAUCCGCCUGUGGCAGGAAAACAAACGCAAGUCUUUUCUCCUCAAGUUUCGACUCAAACUCCGACCAUGUCCGGCGAAGACGCACCUGCUCAGCAGCAAAACGCCGAGGAGCAGAAGCAGCAGCAGCAGGAGGAGACCAAGACGCCCGCCGAGUCCCCAAAAACCGAGAGCAAACCCGACCCACCUCCCACCAGCGCGUCCACCGAGGCCGCCGCUGACACCCCAGCGCUCGCCGCGGAGAAAGCCCCAGAGGAAGACACGUUCAGCUACCGGGCUCUGGUGCUCACCGGCUACGGCGGGUAUGAUAAGGUGAAGCUCCAAGUGAAGAAGGGGAAACCGGCUCUUAAGAGCGGCGAGGUGAUGGUGCGCGUGAAAAUGUGCGGGCUGAACUUCGCAGAUCUGAUGGCGAGACAGGGACUGUACGACCGGCUCCCGUCCCCGCCAGUAACCCCGGGCAUGGAGUGCUCCGGGAUCAUCGAGGCUGUCGCUGAAGACGUGACUGACAGAAAAGUGGGUGAUAAGGUCCUGGUUUUGAACCGGAGUGGUAUGUGGCAGGAUGUAGUAGUGGUGGCGACCACACACACCUUCCUGAUGCCAGAGGGCAUGAGUUUUGAGGAGGCGGCAGCACUUCCUGUCAAUUACAUCACCGCCUACUUGAUGCUCUUCGACUUUGGGCACCUGCGUCCCAACCAGAGCUUACUCAUCCAUAUGGCUGCAG